AUGUGUGGCUGUUUGCACAGUACCCCGGACCAAGCACUCCGCUUGGAAGGGGACCCCGGUCCUUCUGCAGCCCCAACAUCUACUUUGGCACCUAGGAAGAUGCGCAAAAGCAUUUCAAUAUCCAAACAACUGGCUUCAAUAAAAGCUCUACGCAAAUGCUCCGAUCUGGAAAAAGCCAUCGCCACUGCCGCUCUGAUUUUCAGAAAUUCUUCUGACCCCGAUGGGAAACUUGGAAAAGCUGCUGCCAAAAAUCUGCUGCAAACCCAGUUUAGGAAUUUCACAGAGGGACAAGAAACCAAACCGAGAUACAAAGUCCUCCUUUCUGAACUCGACAAGCAUACAGAAACGAAGCUGGAUUUUGAGGAUUUCAUGAUCUUGCUGUUAAGCAUCACUGUAAUGUCAGAUUUGCUGCAAAAUAUAUGGAGUGUAAAAAUUAUGUAAUAAACAGCUUUAAAGAUAGAGUUAGACAAAUGAAUAGCAAAAUACAGGGUUCAGUAAUUAAAGUGGGUUUUUUUUUUUUCAUUUUAUUUUUAAUUAAAGUACGGAUCAUGCAUCCGGGAUUGCCUGGGAUGGUUCGGAUUGCUAAUAUUCGGACCCAGUACAACUACAAGUGUAUGCUUACUCUUUAGGGAUGUUCAAAUAAUGUAAUCUCUGGCGCUUUACAAUGUGAUAGAUUUGUUACCAUUGAAUAUUACAUUGCUUUUGCUGACUUAGUAGUGUCUUAGAGCACUUUCCUUAUAGUCACUGAGUCACUCAUUCAUUCAUUCAUUAAACAGUAUUUUUUGUCUCUACUUGGUGUUAUCGCUGAAGAUACAGUAAUGAACCAGCCAAUCCCUGCCCACAGACAUGCCCUGCAGAAGUCUAGCCAAAGAGAUGAGUUCUGAGCAAUUUAGCCAUCAGUGGCAUAUACAGUGUAAUUAUAAUUGCGACAAGGGCUACAGGAUGCUAAAAGAGCUGUUGUCACCUGACCUGAGAUCAAAGGUCAGAGAAGCGCCGCUGAUGUUCUGCAAAAGGCAAAACUAUAGGGGAAGAAAACAGGUCAGUGGGUGGCCAGGGCUGUGGGUGGGAAGUGGAGUUGUCCACCAAUGGGCUCAGGGGAAUGUUUCUCGGGGAUGGAAUUGUUCUAUAUCUUGAUUGUGGUGAUGGUUACAUGUCUGCACGGAUUUGUCAGACUCAGAACUGCGUACUAAAACAAAGGCGAUUUUUACUGUAUGUGAAUGACACCUAAAUAAACAUGACUUAAA